UACAUUGCGGUGCGGUGCCGGUAGGUGCGCUAGCGCCUAUGCGCCUCGCGCGAUGGUGGGGAGGGGUGGCGCGUCCCACGUGACUCGGCCGGCCAAUCGGACGCGCGCAUAGCCGGCGUCCGGCACAUGGCGGCGCGCCGGCUUCGAGAGCCGCAGUCGCAGUACGUCGCAGUCAGUCGCAGUGGUAACACGAACGAGAGGGUAGUUGCACGCGUCCGCCUUCGAAAGGGAAGAUCGCGGAGUGAAGAGAGGCGAGAACGGAAGAGAGCGAGAGAGAGAGAGAGAGAGAGUGUGUGUGUGAGAGAGAGAGAGCGCGAGGGAUAGACGGAGGGAUCGAGUCUGAGGAGGAUCGCGAAAGCGAAAAGGAGAAAGAAAGGAGUGGAAACACACAGAGAGCGAACGAACGCGCGCGCGCGCGCGCUCUCCCCUUGCCUUCGUGCGUUUUCAGUGUUUCGGUCUCUCGCGCGACGGUUCGACCUCUCGGACGGCCAAGUCAGUCGGCCGGGUUACAAGGAACAGCGAAACGACGCGUGACAAGAGUGUGAUAGUCGGGACGAAGAGAGAAGGAUCGCGACGGAGAAGAGGAAGAGAGAAACGAACGAACGAAAGCAUCGGUCGACAAGCGGGCUGUACAACGCGCGAGAGUGGCUCGACGGAACACCGCUCUUCGACACAUACACACAUACACCUACAAACAUAUAUAUACACACGCACACACACACAGACGAAUCGCACACCGAAACCACACGCGCGCUCGACGAGACGAGACGCGCAGCAGUGGGGGAUAUCGAGAAGGCCAUUUUCGUUGCCGGCGCGCGCGAUACGUACACGACAUAGCCGGCGUGUGCCGUCUCCGACGCCAAGAGGAACGUGUACGACUGACCACAAGCUAUCGCGCUCCUCUUCGUCGUCAUUGUGUCGUGGCCCGCGCGCGUUUGUCACGUCUGACCCGGGGGCUCCGAUACGCCGUCGAGUGGAAGAGGUGAAAAGACCGAUCGUCGAAACCCGCGAGUUUUUUUACGCGCACAUACGAGUCGCAGCACCAGCGUAGAGCAUCGCGGCUCCAACGGUUCAACCACCACGCUUGAGACCCCUCUAACCGGUGCACUCGAGUUAUCUUUGUCGCCUUUGUCGAGACGACGCGAACUACUCCGCUCUCGUCAGUUCGAUAAAGAGGAAAGAGGAGAGAAGCAGCGUGAACAUACGAACAGUGAACGCGGUCGACAACGCGGACUCUAGUGCAACGUUUCAACGAACAUCGUCAGUCAUCGUCAUCGUCAUCGCCAUCGUCAUCGUCGUCCUCGUCGUCUUGUCCGGUGUUGUACGAUACGAGAAUUUGUAGUCGAUCGAAAUGCCGACGAGUUUGUUCAGCGAGAUGGAUCGUGGUUCGAGCGGCGGCGGCGCCGGCGUCUCCUUCGAGGAUCAGCGCGCCCUUCAGCUCGCCCUCGAGCUGUCGAUGCUCGGAAUCCCGGAGAAUUCGCCCGGAUGCCCCGGGGCCGGUACCGGCAACGGCACCAGCAGCGAUCCAGACCCGCUGCAGACGACGCCGGCCGUCUUCGAGGAAGCGCGUUCCAAGAAGAGCCAGAACAUGACCGAGUGCGUGCCGGUGCCCAGCAGCGAACACGUGGCGGAGAUCGUCGGCCGACAGGGUUGCAAGAUCAAAGCCCUUCGAGCGAAAACGAACACCUACAUCAAAACGCCGGUGCGCGGUGAAGAACCCGUCUUCGUCGUCACUGGUCGCAAGGAGGACGUGGCCCGUGCGAAGCGCGAGAUUCUAUCCGCCGCGGAACACUUCUCGCAGAUUCGCGCGUCGCGCAAGAGCUCACUGGGCGCUCUUCUGGGCGCGCCACCCGGGCCACCCACGACGAUGCCUGGUCACGUAACGAUUCAGGUACGAGUGCCCUACAGAGUAGUGGGUCUGGUCGUAGGCCCUAAAGGCGCGACCAUCAAGCGAAUUCAGCAUCAGACGCAUACGUAUAUCGUGACGCCUAGUCGCGACAAAGAGCCCGUAUUCGAGGUGACGGGACUACCGGAGAGCGUCGAGGCGGCCAAACGUGAAAUUCAGGCUCACAUCACCCUGCGAACCGGCACUGCGCCCGGCGUCGUCGACGAGUCCGAUUUGUUGGGUGCUCUCUGUCGCGGCACUCUCGGUUCAACGGUUAUCACUAUUCAAAAUCUCGAUCAACAGGGAUCCAACAGUUCCAGCAGCUCCAACGGAGCGUUCUCGAGCAGUGCUAGCUGCAGCAGUUCAUCAAGCAGCACCGGUGGAAUAGGGAUGAACGACCUCGUCGCUAUUUGGGGUGGAAUGGAGAGAGACGAGGGGCUCGGCGAAUCGCCGUCGUUCGAGUCGCAGCCGACCUCGACAUCGUCGAUCUGGUCGUUCCCGAGCGUCACGCUACCCUCGAGGCCGUCGCCGCCGGCAACGGCGAGUCCGGCGUCGCCCACGGAUUCGCUUCUGGGCGGCGCACGGCGAGACUGCGUCGUAUGCGGCGACAAGGAAGUCACCGCGGCACUGGUACCCUGCGGACACAAUCUCUUCUGCAUGGACUGCGGUAAUCGGGUUUGCGAGGGCCAAGAUCCAAGUUGCCCGGUAUGCUCCAGACGUGUCUUGCAGGUGCUCCGUAUUUUCUCCUCCUAAAAGGGGAGGGGGGCCCCGCUGAGCCACCGCCCGUCAGUCUCCCGUGUCGCGAUACCCGGUGUACGCAGCGGCUGCACCCGCAGCAACGACCUUCUACCGCUCCUCGAGCAUGGCCGGUUAAUAACUGUUCCAACAGACGUGACGACGAAGUUGGAGAGCAACGUUCGCGGCGCCAACGCCGCGACAACGACGGUGCCUGCGCGACGAUAAUUCUUUUGGCAGUCCUUAAACUUGGCCUUUUUUCUUCAUCGCUGUCAUCGCUCUCGUCAUUGUCGCCAUCAUCGUCGUCGUCGUCGUCGUCGUCGUCGUCGUCGUCAUCAUCCAUCAUCGUCGUCGUCAUCAUCGUCAUCUUACUAUGCCGGUGUCGUCAGGGGACCGAACGCGCACAAAGUCUCAAUUCCACGGCUGCCAAUAAUCUCUUUUAUGCGACGGGGAUUCACCUCGACGAAUCGACCGUUCGGGGCCGAUCGUCGAGUUCGUCGAGUUCCCGCUGACCGGAUACAACGAAGCCAGCUUUUAAGUUCUACGAGAUAUAUAUUUAAAGAGACAGAGAUAGGGAUGGAAACACUUACCCACCGUCAUCGUCAUCGCUUCCCCCUACCUUCGCUUCCCCUGUACUCCAUCCGCCUACUAUUCCUCCUGUCCCUUGAAGCUUGCAUAGAUUGGGCUCGCGGCUCGUCGAGUACUCUAAUAAGCCUCGAGGUAUGAGUGAGUGAGUGAGAGAGAGAGAGAGAGAGAGAGAGAGAGCGAGAGAGAGAACGGUAUGCGAGAGUACUGAAUGAGCAACUCCCAUCGUACCGUCUAGACUAAAGUGCGAGAAAAAAAGCCUCUCUAUUGCCCGCAAAAGAUCGACACUGCAAUAUUCUACGACUGAUAUUAGUAGCGAGACUGAUGAUUACCGAGACGCUACUGUCUUUUCUUUCCACCGCGGAGGCUAUGGUCUGAAAUCGAUCAAAUGAGACACGGACCGAUUAGUCUCAUCGUCAAACUUUUGACUACACGCCACUGUUUUGCUAUUUUUUAUAUAACUCUGCUCGUUCCUGAGAUUUCUUUGGGUCGAACGUUUGCUGGGGAACGGAGGCGGCUUGUUUAGCAUGAUGGAUCUUAAAGCUUUGUGAAUUUUCCUUUUCGUUUUUUUAAUAACUAUGACUGAAUGAAUCGCGUGUAAAUCAUAUCCAAAGAAAUAACUUCCGAUUUUCUGACUGCUUUUUAAGCUUUGUAUAUCAUAUUCGGUCAAAGCAUGCUUACGUUCGUAUCUUCGACUGUUAAUCUUUUUAAUCGGUGAUGAACCAAGAAGAAGAUACGUAUCUAAUGUUUUAUUUGUCUAACCUGCGAUGCUUGAUUUUGUGCCAAAAGGGCUAGACAAAAAAAAAUAUUAUCUUGAUAAUUUUGCAACUGCACUCUGGAUAGCCUUGCGAUUCUUGCAAGCUCACUUAUAUAUUUUUCCUAUUAAAAAAAAAAGCGUACAAUAUAGUUUUGAUCUCAGCGUUCACUCGGAACGCGCGUAGAAAGUGUUAAGUUCAUCGAUCCAGAAAGGGGUUUUCCGUUGCCGAGUGUACAAUUACAAACUCGACGAACCUGCGAGCUGCGGUCGCUAGUGCGACAGCGAAGAUUACUGAGAAUUAUCUACACAUACACGAAUCACAGAUACGUAUACACAAAUACAUACGCGCAUACGCAUACUACACACAUUGGAUACACUGAUAGAUGAUCUCGCACAGACAUCCUACACGUGAAAAAGAGAGGGAAAAGAAGAGAGGGUCACGGGCCCCUCGAUUCGCCACGAAAUCACGUAGUGAAUAUAUAGCGGAUGGCGCGUUCGUUCCACCCGGCUUCCCUCGCCAUUAGAGUAUUAUCUUAAAAUAAUAUUUCUUUACAUAAGCAAAAUAGCAAUGGAAAAAAAUAAUAGCUCUAAUAUAUAUGAACAUAAAUAUAUGUGUACAUGUAUGUAUGUGUACAUAUAUAUUUCUAUAUACAAUACAUACGACGUGUUAGAAAAUAUGGCAGUGGUGCGAAAGUGUGAGCGAAAGGGCUAAUACGCGUGUGGAUGACUAAAAUGGAGAAAGAGAGACAUAGACGACAAAUGAUAUUUUGUCGACGAAAUCUAGAUUUUGUAUUUUUCGCGUAUUUCACCGACGGGACGACGGGUGGUCUUGGGCCGCAACGCCAUAUAGAGAGAAAGAGAGAAUUAUCAACACAUAUUACCUAGGAAUAUGUUGCACGAAGUGCGUAGAGAAAAUUGCAGAAAAUUAUGUGGAUUUAAAAAAGGGAGAGAAUAGAACGUAACGCGUAAGUCGAGGGGCCGCGUGUCCACUCUCGGGCAGGAAGAACAAGCGGAAAAAACGGGGUCGGUCGAUGGCGCCGGCAGCUCUUGCGAGUUGUAUUUUUCAACUCGUGAUAACCGAGCGGAUCGCUUAAAAAUCCGACGCUAAACGAUACUCGUUUCACGUUAGGGAUCGACAAAUGCAUACGUAGUAGUGUCUUUUUGUUUUUUUUUUUUUCGUUUGGAAAGACAUAAUCGUAUAUAUUAUCGCUAUAUUACCUUUGCAUUAAUAUAAAUAUAUCUAUGUAUGUAUACCGCAUAUGGAUAUAUAUCGGAUCACGCAUCCGUCAUAUACGUCCAUAUUAUUCUCUAUACGAUAUGUCACUGUACCGCUUCCUCUCCGAGAUCACUGAGAGGAGAGACGAGUGCCGAAUGUCUCUCAUUACUUUUAGAGAACGGGAGAAAUUUGUGACAUCGUCCUGUUCUCUCCCGUUCUCGUGGACGAGCAUCGUGCUUUCGCAGGGGCGAUCUUAAGGGUUCCCCCAUUAGACGCAAGGGUGCAUCGAGACCGCGAUGUUCGUCCUUCAUUGUCGUAUCCAUGAGAGGGAGCUCGGUACGUGUCCCUACGACCCGUUUCUGCAUAUAUAAUCUCGUUUCGAAGAAAGACGAAAGAGGGGAAGAAGCUAAUCAAACGGGGGUUUCACAAUAGGGCCCUAACGCGCGCGUGACAGGAGAGACGAUACUCCGAAUUUUUACUCUCGAACAGCAAACGCGAUAGCUUAAAACGUUAACUGCGGGAGAUACAUUCGAUUCUUCCGCGUAUUUUCGUUUUUCCUCGCUUCGAUAUCGAGUUCCACUCCACGUUCCACUUUUCUUUUUAGCCCUUGUCAUCGUCCCCUCGACUUCCUUGCCUUCUCCUCUCUCCCCUCCCAAGGCUCCUAUAUCGUUGUCUGCAUUUCUA